UGGGGAGGUGCAGCUGGAAGCGUUCCUGUGAGCCUCUCUGUAUGGUGGAGUGGUGGCAGGAGCUGAGGGUCAGCCACCAGCAACUAGUCUGCACCUUAAGGAUCAGUUUCUUCUUUACGAUCUGGCAUGAUGGAACUACUCAGAACUUGACACUCUUUUUUUUUCACACAAGAGGAGGAAGAGAUGGAACUUACUUUGGAAGACAAAAUAAUUAAUACACACUGAGUUUUUCACACUGAGCUCAGAUAUCAAUGUGUGUGUGCGUGGUUCGCACGUCGCUCCACAGACUGCGUGUGUUUGUGUGUGUUUUGAGGCAGUCUGUUAGUUUGUGACUCAGCAAGCCCGUGCUUGCUGAUGAAGGAACACUCUACCCCAGAUACCGCACAUAACUGUGUGUGUCCCGGUACGCAGAUAAGAGCAGGUGCUGACGUUACACACAGACUCACACUCUGGUCAUUCCUUAUAUAUAUAUAAAAGUUUGCAAGUGGUUUGAGUCAUGGAGGACUGACUGCGGGACAGUUUUGGGUUCGGUGUGGCGCUGGAGGAUGGACAGUGCAGUAUGUGUUUGACCGACAGAUGAGCCGAUGCAGUACGGUGGAUUAUUAAAGAUUACAGUUGAGCCUUUUGUCCCAGGACACGAUAUGAAGAGGAGGAAGGAGAGAGCAGGAGCCCCACACCUUCACCUCCAAAUCUGGUCGCCGGCUCAGCUGCGUUGCCACGGCAACAGCAGCCUCCUCCAGCACCUGCUGUCCCCCACUUCCUUUCAUCCCUCCGUCGUUCAGCCCCCUGUCAUCACCCUCUCCCCCCUGUCCUCCUCCUCCUCCUCCCCCUCCCUCUGUUCCUCUGACGGGCCUCUGUCAGCCCCUGUUCACCAGCGAGGAAACCCCUUCCUCUGGAGCUGUCGGACAAGCAACAGGAAGAGCCUGAUUGUGACAUCCAGCACAUCUCCCACCCUGCCAAGACCACACUCGCCUCUGCACGGACACACAGGUACCAGCCCACUGGACAGCCCUCGCAACUUCUCCCCUAACACAGCUGCACACUUCUCCUUUGUCCCUGCGCGCAGUCACGGACACAGGGCUGACAGGACGGAUGGAAGACGCUGGUCUCUGGCCUCGUUGCCUUCCUCUGGCUAUGGCACCAACACUCCCAGUUCCACUGUCUCGUCCUCCUGUUCAUCUCAGGAGAAGCUGCACCAGCUGCCCUUCCAGCCCACUCCGGACGAGCUGCACUUCCUCACCAAACACUUCAGCUCUGAGAGCAUCACUGACGAGGAGGGACGCCGCUCCCCCGCCAUGAGACCACGCUCCCGCAGCCUCAGCCCUGGGCGUUCACCUAUCUCCUUCGACCAUGAGAUUGUGAUGAUGAACCAUGUGUACAAGGAGCGGUUUCCCAAGGCCACGGCUCAGAUGGAGGAGCGUUUGGCUGAGCUGCUCUGCUCCUCGGCCCCGGAUAAGGUGUGCCCGCUGGCCGACGGGGUCCUGAGCUUCAUCCACCAUCAGCUGAUUGAGCUGUCCAGAGACUGCCUGGAGAAAAGCAGAGAAGGCCUCAUCACCUCCCGCUACUUCUACGAGCUCCAGGAGAACCUGGAGAAGCUGCUGCAAGAUGCUCACGAACGCUCAGAGAGUGUGGAGGUUACCUUUGUCACACAACUCGUCAAGAAGCUGAUGAUCAUCAUCGCCAGGCCAGCACGUCUGCUGGAGUGUCUGGAGUUUGACCCUGAGGAGUUCUACCAUUUAUUGGAAGCAGCAGAAGGCCAUGCCAAGGAGGGCCAGGGCAUCAAGUCCGACAUUCCCCGAUACAUCAUCAGCCAGCUGGGCCUCACCAGGGACCCCCUGGAGGAAAUGGCCCAGCUGAGCAGUUAUGACAGCGGGAACCCGGAAACCCCAGAGACUGAUGAGUCUGUGGAUGGUCGAGGCACAACAUGCCCAGCAGCUCCACCUCCAGCGACUAAAACAAAAACACCUCGAGAGGAAGACUUUGAAAACAUCAAACUCAUUAGUAACGGAGCCUACGGCGCUGUGUUUCUGGUGCGUCACAAGGAGACCCGGCAGCGUUUUGCCAUGAAGAAGAUCAACAAGCAGAACCUGAUCCUGAGGAACCAGAUCCAGCAGGCUUUCGUGGAACGAGACAUCCUGACGUUUGCCGAGAACCCAUUUGUUGUCUCCAUGUUCUGUUCCUUUGAGACCAGGAGACACCUCUGCAUGGUGAUGGAGUACGUGGAGGGUGGAGACUGCGCCACGCUGCUGAAGAAUAUCGGAGCUUUGCCGGUGGACAUGGCUCGUAUGUACUUUGCAGAGACCGUCCUCGCAUUAGAGUAUCUUCACAAUUAUGGCAUCGUGCACAGAGACCUCAAACCUGACAAUCUUCUCAUCACUUCCAUGGGACACAUUAAGCUGACAGACUUUGGUCUCUCAAAGAUCGGUUUGAUGAGUCUGACCACAAACCUGUAUGAAGGACACAUAGAGAAAGACACCAGAGAGUUCCUCGAUAAACAGGUGUGUGGCACUCCAGAGUACAUUGCCCCAGAGGUGAUUCUGCGUCAGGGCUACGGGAAGCCGGUGGACUGGUGGGCGAUGGGAGUCAUCCUGUAUGAGUUCCUGGUGGGCUGCGCUCCUUUCUUCGGAGACACACCAGAGGAGCUGUUUGGUCAGGUCAUCAGUGAUGAGAUCAUCUGGCCGGAGGAGGACGAAGCUCUGCCUCAGGAGGCUCAGGACCUCAUCUCCAAACUGCUGAGACAGAAUCCUCUGGAGAGACUGGGCACAGGAAGUGCCUUUGAGGUGAAGCAGCACCCGUUCUUCACAGAGCUGGACUGGAACAGCCUGCUGAGGCAGAAGGCCGAGUUCAUUCCCCAGCUGGAGUCUGAGGACGACACCAGCUACUUUGACACUCGCUCCGACCGCUACCACCACGUGGACUCAGAGGAGGAGGAUGACACCAAUGAUGACGAACAUGUGGAGAUUCGACAGUUUUCCUCCUGCUCACCUCGCUUCAGCAAGGUGUACAGCAGUAUGGAGCGUCUGUCUCUGCAUGAGGAGAAGAGGACUCCUCCUCCCACCAAACGCAGCCUCAGUGAGGAGGGAGGAGAUCGCAUCGACAGCCUGAGCGGACUCAAGUCCAGAGAUCGCUCCUGGCUGGUGGGAUCUCCAGAGAUCCUGCGGAAACGUCUGUCUGUCUCGGAGUCGUCCCAUACAGAGAGCGACUCCAGCCCACCGCUGACCGUCCGGAGACGCUGCUGCUCAGCCAUCAUCGAGAUGCCCCGCUUCGCCAUCUCCUCAGAGGAAGAGGGAGGCCAAGGUGCUGCCGGAAGUCGUAAGAGCCCCAGUCUGUUGGGUCCGAGUGCAGUGAGGGGCCCCCGGUGUGACGAGCUGCCCCUCGCCAUCCCAGAGCUCCCAGUGGAGAGAGAGUUGAAGCUGGACGAGUCUCCCACCACGCCGAGCUCCUCCUCCAGUCAGCUAAGCAAGGCCACGCUCACACCGGGUAGUUCAGGUGACGUGUGUGAUCGUGGUCACAGAGGUAAUGGCAGUAAUGGUGCUUCAGGUGGAGCUGCUAAAAGUGCAGUAGACAGCGACUCUCCAUCCACUCCAAGAGCCAUCAGCGACCUGGCGGCUCGCAGAGCUCGCCAUCGGCUGCUGUCUGGAGAUGCAGACAAACACGCGGCAACGCCAAGCUCCAGGCCGCUUAACAAGGUCAUCAAGUCAGCGUCUGCCACCACUCUGUCACUGAUGAUCCCUGCAGACCACCAUGGAGCCUCGCCAUUGGCCAGCCCAAUGUCGCCCCACUCACUGUCGUCCAAUCCGUCAUCACGGGACUCCUCUCCGAGUCGAGAUCUGUCCCCGGCUGUGAGCAACGUCAAGCCAGCCAUUGUGAUCCACAGAGCGGGCAAAAAGUAUGGCUUCACCCUGAGGGCCAUCCGGGUCUACAUGGGGGACUCUGACAUCUACACGGUGCACCACAUGGUCUGGCAUGUGGAGGAAGGCGGGCCGGCCCAUGAUGCAGGACUGAGGGAAGGGGACCUGAUCACCCACGUCAACGGAGAGCCCGUUCACGGUCUGGUUCACACAGAGGUGGUGGAGCUCAUACUGAAGAGCGGUGCCAAAGUGUCCAUCUCCGCCACCCCUUUUGAGAACACGUCCAUCAAGGUCGGCCCCGCCCGAAAGACAAGCCACAAAUCCAAGAUGGCGAGGCGCAACAAGAAGACCAAGACCAAGGAGGGACAGGACAGUAAGAAGAGGACGUCUCUGUUCAGGAAGAUCACCAAGCAGGCGUCUCUCCUCCACACCAGUCGCAGUUUGUCCUCCCUGAACCGCUCUCUGUCAUCCGGGGAGAGCGGCCCCGGCUCGCCCACACACAACCUGUCGCCACGGAGCCCAACACAGGGCUACAGGUCCACGCCAGACUCUGCCCACUCAGUUGGUGGAAACUCAUCUCAGAGCAGCUCUCCCAGCUCCAGCGUCCCAAACUCCCCAGCGAGCUCCGGCCACAUCAGGCCCAGCUCCCUACACGGCCUCGCCCCCAAGCUGCAGCGGCAGUACCGCUCACCCCGACGCAAGUCUGCCGGGAACAUCCCCCUCUCUCCUCUGGCCCGCACACCCUCACCUACCCCUCAGAGCAGCUCGCCACAGCGCUCCCCCUCCCCUCUGCCCAGCCACGCUCUGGGACAGUCCGCGGUGGGUCAGUCGUUCCCUGUGAAGCUCCACUCCUCUCCUCCCCUGGUGAGGCAGAUCUCCAGGCCCAAGAGUGCAGAGCCUCCACGGUCCCCGCUCCUCAAGAGGGUGCAGUCGGCUGAGAAACUGGCCUCCUCCCUGUCUAACCCCCCCUCAUCUCCCUCUGGGGUGGCAGCAGUGGGGGAGAAGAAGCUGGCGGUGGGAGCGGCUGUAGGGAGCAGGAAACACAGUUUGGACAUCUCACAUUCAGAGUUUAAGAAGGAGAUUCUGCAGCGAGAGCCGAGCCUACAGAGCCUUCAGGAGUCAGCCAGCGAGGGUCUGCUGUCCUCAGCAGGACGCGGUGUGGAGAAGGGCAGCCUGCAGAAACACUCCUCCUCGUCCAGGAAGUUAGGGCGUCAGGAAGUGGACAGCGCCCUCAGCUCAGUAUCUGGCUCGCUAGGCCUGGCCCCCGGGAAGAGCAAGCUGAAGGACAAACUGUCCGCCAUCCGGCAGGACAGGGCCGAGCGGAGGGAAUCGCUACAGAAACAAGACGCCAUCCAUGAGGUUGAUUCAUCUGAGGACGAGACAGAUGAGGGCUCAGAAGACAGCCAGGAUGGACGCAGGGGGACGACCUUCACACCGCCUCCCCUUCUGAGGCCCACCACUGUGAGAACAGGCCCCGGAGGCACGCUGCCCUCCCUCUACCUCUCCCCCUCCACCCCUCAUGCCACAUUCACCCACACGGGGCCUUCGCAGGUAGGCAGGCCAACGCCCUCGCACAUCCCUCCCUCUGUUACAGAGACUAAGACCAUUCAGACCACCUCCUCUUUGGGAGGGAAAGACACAAGGUUGGCCUCAUCUACAGCAGACAGUGCAAGACAAGACAGGAAGGUCCUGGAGCUGAGCGGUACCACAAAACCCACUCAGGGCCCCCUUCCUUUCUCCACUCCAGGCAGUGCAUUCAUCUCAGUCAGCAAGGACACCUUCCUCAAGCCAACUCCUCCACAAGACUCGAAGAGUCCAAGGGGGAAGACUGCACCAUCAGAACCCAGGGCUGAGGACCAAACCCUGGACAGCCCUAGAACCACAAUCCCCUCCACCACUAUCACUACAAGCACUACAGAGUGCAGAACCACUGCAAGUACCACAGACUCCAGAACCACCACCAGUACCACGGACUGCCGAACCACUGACAGCCAAGAGGCGCCCCGCACCUCCUGCUCCUCUCCUGGCAUCCCCAAGGAGAAGAAGGAGGCUGACAACCGGAGACUUUGUGCUGCUGCCGCUGCAAGUCUGAGUGCAACACCACUGUCCACUUCUGGCUCCAGCUCCAGUUCUUGCUCCCCAGUUCUGGCUCCUGAGAGUGCUGUGGACAAAGUCGUGUCCCAGCUUGCAACAGUAGCUAAGAGCGUUCUGGGGCCUGUCAAACUUAGCGCCGCUGCAGACAAGAGCCAGAAGGACCAGAAACCUUCCAGAGGAGGCACCCCAGAAGUUCCACCAACUGCCCCUCUUUCAUUUUCCUCAAAACAGCUCCCAAUCCCUCAGUCACCUCACCCUUCAGAGUCUCAAACCAGACAGAAAACUGAGCAAGUUGCCCCCCCAGCCACCUCGCAAAGGUUGGCCAAACCCUCAGUCCAGAAAGACAUUACAAUCCUGCCACCGUCAUCCUGCAAAGAUGUCCCAGCGAGACCUACAUCAGGGUCUGCUGGCAGGGAGAAUGCUGCUACGUCUGCACAGCGGCUGGGUGCAGCGGCCGCUCAGCCUGCCCUCAACACACCCCCCAGCUCCUCUGCAACAUCUGAGCCACAGCGCAAGAGGUCCGAACCUCAGACGACGACUGCCAACGCCAUGUCCGCCUCCUCGCAACUAGACAAAGCAACCAGCAAGAAGACGUAGCAGAAAAGAAGCAAAGAACAAAAUGUACAGAUCACACCACUCAGUGCUGGCUAGAACUCACACAAACUGCAUGUGAAAGAAAACUUAUUAGUAACUUCACACUAAUCAGAGUUUGACUUUCAAAGCAAAAGAGAGAGACGAAGAUCUUUCAGAAGCAGAGACAGAUGUGGUAGUCCUAGUUCCAUUCCAGCUGUUCUGUGCUCUUAAUGUUCUUUUGGUGUCAUGACUCUUUGGUUCUUGCUUUCAGACUAAAUGCCACGCGGAGUUGGUGUUUGUUUUUCUCUUUCUACAAACAUGUACGGGGCUAGAAAUAAAGAGCUCAGUGGUCCAUGCACAUAAAAAAAUUUAGACACACACUUUUCUUGUUCCCGAUGUUCCUAUGCUGCCUCAUUACUUUUCACCUUGAUGUUUGGCAGAGCCUACUUGCAUGUUCCUCAAAUAGAUCAGGACGUGCCUUACUGAACAAUCUUUUCCUCCUCUUGUCCUUCGUUGCUUGACAGUGUUUACCCAAUCACGACUGGAAGGAGAUUGUAUCUCAGCAAUAAAGUGCAGCGUAUGUUUAGCAAUCUAUGUAAAUGCAUUAGUGUUUAUAAUAGGACUAAAUCUGCACCGUCAGUGUACACUCAGCACCAAGCUAACUAGGCCAAAUUAAAUCAUCCUCCUGCUGUAGUCCCUCAUGAUCCAACACUGCAGACCUGUAAAGGGUGAGAUGUAUUCCCUGAGCACGGAUUGCAGGCAUGGUUCAGCGAUUUAAGGAGAUUCCUGGGAAUGUCAUUGCUGGAUAAGAAUAGUGUGCGUGCCGAUUUAUUAUGUCAGCACUCAGGCACAGAACUCAACAUACAGAUUCAACCUCAAUCUGGCGAUGCAACCUGUGCAGUUCCCUGCAACCAUCUUUAGUUCCAAGAAUUCAUGCCUACAAGCCAGGACCGAUCUUAGUGUAGCUUCUGUAUCAUUCUGCGUCCCCUCUCUAAAUCCAGAGGUUUUUGCAGGUCUGUGAAUGCAGCACAGGUGGAGCUCUGUAUGAGUUCUGUUUUUGCAUCAGCAGCAGUGAGCAGCAGAGUUUGACUCAUGGGUUGGAUAACUGAUCUGUCAGUUUAUUAAUAGCUGUUUAAAUCGAUGGAUGAGAGAAACAGCUGCUGCGAAUAAAUGCAGAUUUUUAGACCAAGCAGAAUGAACACUUAAAGUUCAUUUUCAUUGGGCCUGAUGUUCUGCUGCUCCGUCUGUGCCCAGAGCAUGCUCUGCACUCUGAGAGUGCGUUGCAAUGAAUAGCCAAAAGCUAUAUAUAUUUCAACAGCGCUCCUAAUUAAUGGUCCAGCUCCAAAAAUAGAAAAUCAAUUUGUGGCAGCAGAUAUUUCAAUCAUGGCAGGCUGCCACAAAUAAAUGAUUGUAUGGGAGACCCUGUGAUGUGUGCAAACGUUUCUAGAUCUGUUCCACCUUUAAGAUCUUCUCAAGGUGAUGUUUUAGCAUAUGGAAAGCAUUGAAAGUAGGAAAAUUUAACUUGUAGUUGAACAUGUGACUGUUGGCUAAGAUGCUAUAGGGCUUGAUUUCAGUAAGGGAUCUGCUUUCAGAUUGGAGAAUUCUCGUGUUUGCUAAGCUCUGAUAUUAACAAAACUCUUCUAAAUUUCGGCUCAUUAUUUUUGCUAGCAAAGAGCAUUGCUAACAGUCAUUGUCAUGUGUUGCUGUGGCAGAUGAUAGUGUGUAACUGUUGCUAAUAC